UGCCCUGGGCAUUUCAUCCUGCAGCCUCCACCAUAUGGGAAGCAGCGGGAAACAAACGCCUCCCUCGCCUCCUGCCCCCGCCUCCUGAACACGGAAAUUGAGGAAGCGGGAAGGCUUCUAUUCCGUAGUCGUCAUUGCUCUACGUCUUGUGUUUUACGACAGCUAAGAUGGCUGCCCCCAUGGCACAAGCAGCCCGGGCUGGCGGCUGCCCGAGCAUCCCUCGUGGGGAGCGGCGAUAGCAGUAGUUUAGCCCCUGCCGGGGAGCGGGGCCGGCCAGCGCCGCGGAAGGCCGCCGCAUCUCACCGCCGCGCAGCCCCGCGUCCUAGGCAGGGAGAAGGGGACCCGGGUCGCAGGGCUUGAGGGCCAGGCGCUGCGCGGGGAGAAGGGCUGGACACGGGGUGGCUUCGUAUCCGGCCGCCCCUGGGUCGGAGCCUGUUGGCGGCGGUGACAGAGUUGGGGUGCAGUCGGGCACGGGGGCACUGAGGGGCUGCGGCAGGAGAACGGGGGGUUGGGCAGCAUUAGCGCAGCCAGGCUGGGCGCGGCGGGCGAAAGCUAUUGGGGGCGAAGCGCAGGGCUGGGGGUCUGUUAAGAGGCUGGGAUAAUGUGUCCCCUGGUGUUGUUGCGUUGGGGGGGCUGUUGCUCCCGGCUGCUGCCGCCGCCGCCCCCCGGGCUCUGGUCUGCGCUGGGAGGAGGCGGCGGUGUGCGGUGGCGGAGGGGCCUGUUCUCGGGUUUCCCGUCUGCUGCGUCUCACUGGAGUAAAGUGGUGUCCGAGGCUGAGAAGAUCGUGGGGUAUCCGACCUCGUUUAUUAGCCUCCGCUGUCUGCUGAGCGACGAGCUGAGCAACAUCGCCAUGCAGGUCCGCAAGUUGGUUGGGACCAAGCACCCGCUGCUGAACACCGCCAGAGGGCUUGUGUAUGAUAGCCGGAAUAACCUACAGAUGCGAGGUUUGGUCGUAUUGCUUAUUUCCAAAGCAGCUGGUCCCAGCAAUGGAGCAGAACUUUCUUUCCAGCAUGACAUGGUCAGCGGGAUUUAUUCCAGUCAAAGAAGUCUGGCAGAGAUUACAGAGCUGAUCCACACUGCCUUCUUGGUGCAUCGUGGGAUAGUGAACAUUGGUGAGCUGAAGUCCUGUGAUGGCCUACUGAAGGACAUGCAGUUUGGAAAUAAAAUAGCUGUCCUGAGUGGAGACUUUCUUCUAGCAAAUGCUUGCACAAGCCUAGCUCAGUUACAGAAUACUAAGGUUGUGGAGCUCAUAUCAAGUGCAAUUGGUGACUUAGUGCAAGGAAUAUACUAUGACAAUUCUAACUUAUCGGAGGAAGACUGUCUUACACAUGAUAUUGGAAUAUCAACUUGGAAAGAACAAAUUUUCCUGUCCCAUAGUGCCUUGUUGGCAAAGAGCUGCCAGGCUGCAAUGGAAUUAGCAAAGCAUGAUGCUGAGAUCCAGGAUAUGGCAUUUGAGUAUGGAAAGAACAUGUCUAUGAGUCAUAAGCUACACUUGGACCUCCAGCCAUUCAUUAAAGGAAAAUCUAGUGACUCUGUGGCUUUUAGUUUAAAUUCUGCUCCUGUAGUCCUGCAUCAGGAGUUCCUUGGAAGGGAGGCCUGGAUUAAGCAGAUUAGAGAGGCACAAAGUAAAGGGAAUUUAAUGGACUUUACUAAGUUGCAAGAAGCAAUCAAGGCUGGCAAAGGUGUGACUUCAGCUAUUGACCUAUGUCAUUACCAUGGAAACAGAGCACUGGAGGCCCUGGAGUGCUUCCCUCCCUCUGAGGCCAGAUCUGCUUUAGAAAACAUGGUUUAUGCUGUGACCAGAUUUUCAUGAGAUAUUCAAAAAAUAAACUGUUGUUCAUUUGAAGAAAACAACUAUAUGGAUAGUGGCUGGGACAAGGGAAAAAUAUCCUGUAUUUUUAAAAGAACUAAAUUUGUUAGUUGCUUUUUUUUUUUGAUCGUUUACUGCAUUGCUGAAUGAACAUGCAUUCUUUGGAACUGCUAUAAACAAAAUUAGAGGGAAAAGAUCAAACAGUUUUCACUUGUCAUGCCAGAAGCAUAUUUGAGGCUGCACCAGUAGAAAUAAUUAAUGAGACUCACUUCUGUGACCUCAGCAAAUGGACAGGAAAUAAGUCCUUAUUGAUUGGACAUAGCCAGGGAUGGCGCCAAUGUGGUGGCCUGUGGUUUUCCUGCUCUAGAGAGGACGGGGGGGCCUGAAGCUGCAGGUGUCAGGAGAAACACUUUCUAAAAUUGCCAGAGAGAGGACUGUUUAAGUCAAGAAUUAAUGUACCAAUUUAUCAACACGAAGGGCAGUUCAGUGAAUUAAUGAGGAAAAAUCCUUUAUCUGUCUACAUGCAGUUAUGUCUCCUCACACUGUUUUUAUGUAUUCAAAUGUAAAAUUACUCUGUGCCUAAUGAUUUCAAUAUUUGAGAAACUUGCUGAGAAUGUGUGUCAAGCAUGGUAAGUAGGAGCCUUAAAAUAUUUAAUCAAAUAUUAACUUGGCUCUGUAAAGAGAAUCGAUUGCCUAUGUUUUUAUACUGUAUAUAUAAAAUACUUUGCUCUGGCUCAAAGAUGAGGUUUUCAAUGCUUUUAGGAAAAAAAUCUUUCCUCCAGAUCAAGUAAUUUGUUUCAACGCAAUCUUACCCUAAAUAAUUUCCCAGAUUUAUGUGACACUUGUUUUCACUUCAGUCAAAUAAAUGUGAAUUUAUAAUGUUCAGCAUCAAUCUUUUGGCAGAAAGGAGUGUGGAAUAGUCUUCUGUUAGCACAGGUUUUUUACUCUUCUAAAUAAAUAUAUAGUACGUGAGAAGUUUUUUUUAACCUUAGUGUGUCGGAUUUUAAAUCCAAUUACAGAAAGAAUAUAAGGUAUAUCAGAAGUCUGCAAUUUGACACUGUCUCUAGUUUGUUCAUAGGAGAUGAUUUUUGUGGUUUGCAUGCAUGCAAUCUGAGAACUUCGUUGACAAGAAGGCUGAGUUUACAUAAAUGAUCUAGAUUGAGACUCAGCUACCUUUCUUCCUUCUGUGGUGUAAUUACAUCCCAAUCUGGAGACAGCUAGCACAGCAAACAGAUUUCAUUACAUCGCUCACUCAAACAUUAAGUGGAGUUAUUUCUGUUAAAUUUUGCUCCUCCUCCUACCAAAAAAAAGUAAGGUGUCACAAAGCUUUCUUUUUUUUUUAUCAUGGACCAGCAUAUUGCAUUCAGCUGAAAGAAAAUAUAAAGCUACAUAUGUUAAAGCAUUGUGUGGGUGGGUGGGUGUGUGCAUGUAUAUAAGUUAUAUGCACACAGUGUACUUGCUACAUCGAUGUACUUCCUCAAAGUUAUACAAGUGCAGUUUCAAUGCCUUUGACAGUAAACUGAAUUCUUAGAGCAUUUUAUUUUUCUUUUAUUCUAUUCAACUGUGUAUAAAUCAUUAUGUUUUGUAAGA